AUGCCGAUGCCAUCACUCGGUGCCUCCUUUGUCCGCCCGCCCCGAGCCCGCGCAGCUGGCAUCGCCGCCCGCCCCGAGCCCGCGCAGCUGGCAUCGCCGCCGGCCGAGAGCCCGAGAGAGCGCGCACCUGCGUCGCAGCCCGCCCUUCGUUGUCGGCGCGACAUCCUUGACGCUGCACCCAUCAUGUCCUCGUUCGACUUCGGCAACAUGGCUCAGCAAGACGAUGGCGGCCACGACGGCGCAAAGAUGACUUCCCCCCAGUCUCCCGUGCAGCAGGAAGGCGCUCACUACCCGCACCCACGCUCGCAUCCGCAUCCGCACCCGCAUCCACACCACCACACUGGAAACGUCACCGUCUAUCAGACCUCGGGCCCCGAUGCCCAUGUCGGACCGAUCGUGGCCCCGGGCGGCUCGGGAGCACCGCAGCUUAACCCGCGGUCGUGCGUCACUUGUCGUCGACGCAAAGUUCGUUGCGACAAGCAGAUGCCCUGCUCCAACUGUCGCCGGGCCUUGAUCCCUUGCGUCUUUCCCGCGCCAGGACGGGCCCCUCGUCAGCAGCGCGCCAAGGAUCCCAACGCGCCGGCCAAGAACACGAGCCAGCGUGAGGUGGAGCUGAUAAAGCGGUUGCGCAAGCUCGAGGGCAUCGUCGAGGAGCUCAGCGGCCAGAUCGAGGUCGAAUCCAGCGGCAAGCAAGCCUCGUCGGCGAGCUCACCCGUCACCGGCCACCCGAGACAAACACCCGACAGCUUGGAUAUCCUGGCCGCCGGAAGCCCCAUCCCGAAACAGGCCGAAGUCGCCAAUGGUCAGGACGGCGACGCCAAGAAGAUGCAGCUAAACUUUGGACGAAUGGUCCUUGACGACACCCGGGGGACAUCCAGAUACGUCAGCAGCGGCUUCUGGUCCAAGCUGAACGAUGAGCUGGAUUCCAUUCGAGAGGAGACGCAAAGACUCACAGACGAAACCGAUGACGACUCCGACUAUGAAGGCACGCCGUCACAUUCCCCCGCUGCCGGCGUCGCAUCCGUCAACCACAAUGCUUUCGUCUUGGGUUACCGGUCUGCCGAUGUCAAUCUUCGAAAGUACCACCCGCUUCCGUCCCAUGCCACCUUUCUCUGGUCCGUCUACCAGGAAAAUGUCGAACCGCUCAUCAAGGUUCUGCACGUUCCCACCACCGAGCUGAUCUUGCGGGAUGCGAGGCGCAAUUCCGAGAAGCUGACCCCCGGCAACGAAGCCCUGGCGUUUGCCGUAUACUUUUCCGCCAUCACCUCUCUGGAACCGGACGAGAUCGAAACCAACUUCAGCUGCAACAAGGUAGAUCUUGUUGCCCACUACCGCUUCGCCCUGGAGCAGUCGCUGGCAAAGGCCAACUUCCUCGACACCUCGGACAUCGCCGUCGUCCAGGCUUUCGUCCUCUUCCUCAUCGUCGUCCGGAGAUAUGACGAGAGUCGUUUCUGCUGGGCCUUGACGGGGCUGCUCAUCCGCAUUGCCCAAGGCCUUGGACUUCAUCGAGAUGGCAGCCAUUUCAACCUCUCGGCCUACGAGACCGAGACCAGGAGGCGCCUGUGGCACAACAUACUGAUGCUCGACCUGCGAUCCGCCGAGGAGCUCGGAACGGACAUGACCAUUGACGAUCGCGCGCACGAUACGAGAAUGCCCAGUAACCUGAACGACGCUGACUUUGGGCCGGAGAGCACCGAGUCUCCGGUGCCGCGUGAAGGACGCUCCGACUGCGCCGUCGCCCUCGUGAGGACAGAAAUCUGCACCCUCGCGAGACGGCUGGUCAGGGCCUCUUCGGCCAUGACUUCUCUGUGCCCCAAAGUGGACGAGGCCAGCAUCGCCGAGAGGGAGCGGAUGCUCAUAGAAGUAUACCAACGCGUCGAGCACAAGUUCCUCCAACACGUUCUCGACGACACGGACCCCUUGUACUGGGUCGCCGCCAUGAUUUCUCGUGUCAUCAUGGCCAAGAUGUGCCUCGUCAUCUACCAGCCGAUGCUCUUUCCAGGGUCCGACCACGAGCUCUCGGGCGAGAUCAGACAGCGAAUUUACGUGGCCGCCAUCGAGGUCAUCGAGUACAACCACAAGCUCAACACCGACCCGCGAUGCAAGCAGUACCGCUGGCUCUUCAGGACGUACACGAACUGGCACGCCAUCGCCUACACGCUCAUUGAAACCUGUCGACGGCCCUGGACGCCCCUCGUCGAGCGUGGCUGGGAAGCCGUCAACGGCUACGACAAGAACCCCGUCGAGAUUGCCAGGAGGGCCGACCAUGCCGCCGUGUUCUUGCCGCUGCGAAGGCUCUUCGCGAGGGCGCGAAGACAUCGUGAUUCGGAAAUUGCUCGCCUCAAGGCCGACCAGGAGGAGGCCCGUCGGUUAGACUUUGCCGAACGAAUGAAUCCUGCCCAAGCACGCUUUGGGCCCGUACCGGGGACGGAAAACAGGAUGGAGCAGGUCAGGGACAAGUGGUGGGCGCUGACACGUCCCGAUGGGGAGGAGGCAGCCCUUUCUGGCCAGCCGCCGCCAUCUGUGCCUGCGAUGAACCCUCACCCGCAAGAGGCGAAGCCGUCGGACAGUGUCCCGAUCGAAAUGGACUUUCCCCGCGAGACCAUGCAAUACAUGGACGACCUCGUGUCGCAACCAAACUUUAACAUGGCCGCAUUAUGGAAUGUCGCGAGCGGACCGACGGACGCGGGCGGCGUGGCCUCUGCCUCUGCAUCGGUCGCCCCUACGUUCCAGAACCUUUCGAUGGAACAGACUCUUCGACUGCAGGCAGUCACGCUCCAGACGCAGUCGCCAAAAGACGACAACAUGCCUCCGUUUCUUUGGAGCGACCCUUUUACUGUGAUGAAUACCAAACUGGACGAUCCGGUCGAGGACACAGACAUGCUUGGCGACGACUUCAAUUGGCUCGACUGGAGCCAGACCGUACGCGGGGUGGAGCUGGAGAGCACACAGCAGGAUAAAGCAUGGUAG